AAAAACUCCAGCUCACGCGCUCUGAUAGUCACAACACAGGAGAUCUGCGUGCAGGUGAGAUACAGAAGAGACAUACUGACUUUGCGCACGCACAGCGGGAUCCCACGCGCGUCAACUCAGCAUCCAUUUACCUACACUUGACUUCGUCUUCAGUGAACGACCUGCGUGUGCGCGAUUUGGAGCUGCUAUUUGGAUGACGCUACAAUCUUUCUAUCGGACAACGAACAUGCCGUCUCUGCGACACUCUUACACCGUGACGGUGCCGGAGGACCCGGCCGCUCUCCCCUGUGACAGACCGGAGAUGAGGCGCAGGAGCCACCCGCUGUCCCGGUCCGUGCUGGUGUCCACAUUCAUGGGUCUGAUCAUCAACCAGGCCAAGAACAAGAGUCUUCAGGGCCUGGUGGGUUUGAAGAACCUGGGUAACACUUGCUUCAUGAACUCCAUCCUCCAGUGUCUGAGUAACACUUUAGAGCUGAGAGAUUACUGUCUGAGAAACGGCCACAUCACAGACCUCAACAACAACUGCAGGUCAAACACUGCUCUCAUCGAAGAGUUUGCAAAGCUGACUCAGAGCCUGUGGACCUCUGCAAACAAUGAGCCCAUCAGUCCCUCUGAAUUCAGGAACCAGGUCCAGAGGUGUGCUCCAAAAUUCGUUGGCUGCAACCAACAGGAUGCUCAGGAAUUUCUCCGCUUCUUGUUGGACGGUCUCCAUAAUGAAGUCAACCGGGUGACGGUCCGCCCUAAAGUGUCCGUCCUGGACUUUGACCACCUCGCGGAUGACGAAAAAGGCAGAAGGAUGUGGAACAUGUACUUGGCGAGAGAGGACAGCAAAGUAGUGGAUCUGUUUGUGGGGCAGCUGAAAAGCUCUCUGACUUGCACAGCUUGUGGUUUCCGCUCCACUGUGUUUGAUCCAUUUUGGGACCUCUCGAUACCUAUUGCACAGAAGAGUUCAGGCGAAGUGACUCUCAAAGACUGCUUGAGACUCUUUACAAAGGAAGAUGUGUUGGAUGGAGAGGAGAGACCGACGUGCACCAAAUGCAAAGCCAGACGAAAAUGCACCAAGAGGUUCAGCAUCCAGAAGUUCCCUCAGGUCCUCGUACUUCACCUUAAACGAUUCUCAGACUCCAACGUCCGAGCCAGCAAGCUCUCCACUUACGUCAACUUCCCUCUUAAAGAUCUGGACCUGCGGGAGUUUGCCUCAGAAUCCAGCGAGCGCCCUGUGUAUAACCUCUAUGCAGUGUCCAACCACAGUGGAAACGCUUUGGGAGGCCACUACACAGCCUACUGCAAAAACCCAGCUCUGGGAGAGUGGUACAGCUACAAUGACUCCAGGGUGAGCCCGAUGUCCUCCAGCCAGGUUCGCAGCAGCAAUGCCUACGUCCUCUUCUACGAGCUGGCCACCCCUUCACACAGCAAAUACCAGACGUGUCGGCUUUAGGUGCCAUCGAGGAGCGAUAAGCCGUGCUAAACUCGGACUGAUAACAGGGAAGGAAAAACAAAGGAGUCAGACGCUGCCUGCUGGGAGAUGGCUCCACCUAGUGGAGAGAGUCCGACCAAUGCAAGCUGUGAAAAAGGAGCGCCGAGACGCCAAACGGUGGAUGUGAAGGCAUAUUUACACUGAAGGAUUGAAAGCUUCGCUCACUGGCUGGGUUGAAGUGAAACAACAGUGGGAGGAAAUGUAAAAAGUGUGAAACUUGCAAUACACUGCUUGCAAUAUGCAAGCAUGGUAUGGUUUGUUUUGUUUUUUUUCCUUAUUUCACUCAAAAAGGACAUUUUGAAGCUUCUCUUUUGUCACUUGAGUGCAUUUUUUUUUCUCUUUUGAAUAUAGAUUAUUAGUGUUAAGCAUUUAUUGUUAUUACAGAGACUUGAGAAGCACGCCUCACACACCAAAUGCAAGAUAUAAUUUAUUCUAUUUAAUAUGAUGUCAGAGCUUGAGCGUGCAUUAUGUGUAUAUAUAAUUUAACAAAGCUUUAUGGUUUCCCUCUCUGCCAGUGCAGAGGGAACGUCCUAUUAUAUUUUUGUACAGUAUUUAUCAACAGCGCAGCGAAUGUAACUGUACUGUGGAAAAGUCACACCAAGCACAUACCAAAGCAGCUUCUUCCAGGAAAUGUGACUGACCUAAAGCCUAAGACAGUCCAGCGCCUGUAAAUUAUUAAAAUCCAUCACUAACUUGC